AUGGUACCAAAUAAGAGCACGAUGGUUGAAGACAGUGACGAUAUGGGCAUGGAUGAUGAUGACGAUGCUCGCAGUGAUGCCUUUGCGCUUGAUGCUGUGCUUAGCAGACGGGGAACUACUACCACCAUUGGCGAGUCGAAACUGUUACUUGAUAGCCAAGCCCAGGUGUCUGCGUUGCAAGAAAAGGUUGAAAAUCUGGAAGAGCAGAUUCGCGCGAAGGACGAAGAACUGGCUCGGUCACAGGAUUCUAGUCAGUCUGCGGUCAGUAUUAACGAGCGAGAAGAGUGGGAUGAACUCCGUCUCGAUCUCGAGAGCAAGGUUUCCAAAGCGGAGGAUUUGAAUAGCUCAUUACAGCUUGAACUUGACCGGGUCCGAGCUGAGCAUGAGAAUAUGGAGCGGGAACUUCGCUCUCAGAUCAACGAAGCGAGCCAGGGGGCCGGGAAUGCGGACCUGGUUGCUCGAUAUGCAGAUCUGGAGACCAAGCACCAGAAUUUGCAGGUCGAGUUGCAGCAGCAGCAACAAUUGACUUCGGAGGUUCGACGUGAGACAUCUGAAUUUUUAAUGGAGAUGAAGGCUCUUACGGCCCAAAGCCAUUCAAAUUGGGAACGCGAGGAGCAGCUCUCAGGCGAAGUCCGUCGCCUCGAGGCAGAAGUUAAUGAGUGGAAGAAUCGCUACGCCAAGGCCAAGUCACAGCUUCGACACCUCCGCACUUCCUCGGGUGGUUUCUCUGAGCAUCGCCCUGACGUCAGUAUUGUUGCUAAAGAGCAUGAGCUAGUGCAGGUCGACGGCGUAGUGAAGGACAUCCAUGUGACCAAAUUUCAGAUGUCGAUCGAUGAGCUUCUACGGGUUGCACGCUUUGAGGAUGCGCGGGAGGUACUCAGCCAGGUCAAGCAUGUCAUUUUUGCCGUUCGCUCUAUGAUCCAAGAUGUGGAUCAGGCUCCGCCCCCUGUGGAUGGUACUGCAAUGCAACGAACAAAAGCCUCGGCUCGCUUGUCAGCAACCGCCAAUAACAUGAUUACGGCCUCUCGUAACUUCGCUAGCUCCAGUGGCCUUUCGCCCGUUUCGUUGCUCGACGCUGCGGCCUCUCACUUAGCCACCGCUGUUGUGGAAUUGGUGCGUGUGGUGAAGAUUCAGCCUUCACCGGCCGGAGAACUGGACGACGCCGACGUGGACAUGUCCACUGAGAAAUUCCCCGAUUAUUUCAGCACCACGGGUAGCCAACGACCUUAUAGCAACCACUCCGAGUACAGCAUCUUGAGCCCUCCUGACCAAGACCACCCGGCUAUGCAAAACGGGUAUGACGGAUACGGUUAUGGCCUGCCAGAAGAAAACCACGACCAUGACCUCCAAGAACUCAAGCUCUAUGUCGAGGAUCAGACCGACAGCAUGGUGCAGUCUAUCCAAGCACUGGUUGAGGCAAUUCGAUCCGAGCAGGGCUUGCACAAUGUUGAAACCCAUGUCUCCGCUAUCAGCGACGUCGUUGGACGUGUGGUCUCUGCUACCGAGGGACUCAUUCAUGACCGUAGCCAUGAUGUCGCUCUCCGCGAGACAUCCGAGCCCUAUGUACAUGUUUUGGAUGAAUGCCGUGGCCGCUUGAUGAACACCGUUGCUGAAGGCCACCAUGCUGCCAGUCCUGAGGCUCUCCGUGAGGUGACCAACCAACUUCCUCCCAUUGCAUUCGAACUCGCUCGACAAAACAAGGAGCUUGUUCAACGUUUGGAGUCAUUGUCACUGGGCGGUGACGAUGAUUUCCGGUAA